AUGCAGCUGCUGCGCAAAGACGCUACUUCUGGGACUAACAGGCUCGGGAUUGGCAGUACAUUCUCCCGCAUAGUCCGUUCGGAAGGCCUGUUUGCACUGUACAAAGGCUUUGAUGCCGUGUUGAUCGGAAUGGGACCAAAGAUGGCGGUUCGCUUCGCCUCGUUUGAAGCCUACAAGACAUCACUGCAGUCUCUCUCCGGUGAGCUCAACCGAACAGCCAUCUUCGCAGCCGGUCUUGGUGCGGGUGUCACUGAGGCGAUCUUGGUCGUCAGUCCCAUGGAGGUCGUCAAGAUCAGACUGCAGGGCCAGAACAGCGUUCCGGGCAUCGGAGGGGCUGCGGCAUUGCCGCAGUACCGAAACGCCCUUCACGCGGCCGUGUCUGUUGCAUGGCAUGAGGGCAUCGGUGCCCUAUACCAAGGCGUGGCUCUCACGGCACUUCGCCAGGGGACCAACCAAGCGGCAAACUUCAGCGUUUACACUGCGUUGAAAGCCAGACUCGCGCAGUAUCAACCCUCGGGCAGGGACCCUCCAAGCUAUCAGACGGCGGCAAUUGGACUAAUCUCGGGUGCUGUUGGCCCUCUUUGCAACGCACCAAUUGACACGAUCAAAACUCACAUGCAAAACUCCGUCAGGAUUUCAGGCGAGAGCGGGCUACAGAAGGGAAUGUUCAUUACAAUGGAGCUUCUUCAGAGGGAGGGACUGCGUGCAUUCUACAAGGGAAUUACUCCACGAGUCAUCAGGGUGGCGCCUGGACAGGCUGUCACCUUUACUGUGUAUGAAUUCGUGAAGAAGCAGCUGGAGUGA